UUCAAUUCUCAGUGAUUCGAGUGGCUCCGAGGCAGCGCGUGCCGUACGCGUAUUGUUUUCCAAAUUUGUUUUGUAUUAUUUAAUGGGUUACUUGGGUGUCUCUAUAUAGACGAGAUUAACGGUCAAAAGAAAUCUUAUCAGUGCGUUAUCGUCCAAACCGAAUGUGUAUAAGAUAGUCGCCGGCUGCUUGCAACCCAAUCAGUUACUCUUUGUACUUGGACUUGAACGGAGCUAGUGAUGACUCAAAAUAGGAGCACGUGGAUUGGCUGCAGUUUGGGCGGACUUCUGGUCGCCCUGCUGGCCCUGCAGUCGAUGCCCCAGGAAACCGAAGGGGCCAACAUCCUGGGCGUCUUCACCAGUCACAGUCCUUCGCAUUUGAUUAUCCACAUGUCGAUCCUGAAGACGCUGGCCGAGAAGGGUCACAACGUGACCGUCGUCUCUGCCAUGCCACCCAAAGUGACGCACAAGAGCAUUAAACACAUUGUGGUGCCCAUGAGUGCGGAGGAUGAGAAAAUCCUCAGCGACGGCAUGAGUGGAAUGGUCAGGGAGAAGCCCUCUAUUUGGACCACAAUGAAAUCGAUUUUCAGCUCGCUGUCCCUGCUCAUUGAUAGGCAGGUGGACGUGCUGGAGGAUCCGCGCUUCCAGGAGCUCUAUCUGAACAAGGGCAACAAGUUCGACGUGGUCUUCGUGGGAUUCUUCUUCAACUCCUAUCAGGUUGCUCUGGGUGCCCGGUUCAAUUGCCCCGUUAUUGUUUCCUGGUCGGGCCCACCCAUGCUGAUGGUCAACGAGAUGCUGGGCAAUCCGGAGCUAUCCACCGUUCCACAAAUGCAAAUUGCUGUGGCCGCCGGAAAGCCCAUGAAUUUCAAGCAAAGGGUGCAGAACUUUGCCAGCACUGUUGGUUUUAAUGCGCUCAAUCUCUAUUUGAACCACAAAUACAAUGGGUUCUACAAGCGACUUUGGGGCAAUGACAAAUCAAUGCCCAGUUUUGAGGUGGCCAAGAGGAAUGUCUCGCUGGCCUUCUGCAAUGGUCACGCUAUCAGCGAAGGACCAAUCCGUCCCAAUGUGCCUGGCAUUAUUGAAAUCGGAGGCAUCCAGAUCAAAUCCAAGCCCGAUCCUCUGCCAGAGGACAUCAAGGAGUUCUUGGACAAGGGCAAGCACGGUGCCAUCCUCUUCAGUCUGGGAUCCAAUUUGAAGGGCGAACACAUCCAACCGCAUGUGGUUGAAACUAUUUUCAAGGCCUUGAGCAGCGUUAAGCAGCAGGUGAUCUGGAAGUGGGACGACACCAAGAACACACCCGGCCAGUCAGCGAAUAUUCUCUACAAGAAGUGGCUGCCACAGGACGAUAUCCUGGCCCAUCCGAAGAUCAAGCUCUUCAUCAACCAUGCGGGCAAGGGAGGUGUGGCGGAGGCCCAGUACCAUGGAGUUCCCAUGCUGGCACUACCCGUCUUCGCCGAUCAGCCGGGAAAUGCCGACAAGCUGGCGGAGAGUGGAUAUGGCCUACAACUGCCACUGGCCACCCUCGAUGUGGAUGAGUUCAAGGCGGCCAUCAAGGAGGUCAUCGGAAAUCCCAAGUACGCCGAGAAAUUGAAGGCCUUUUCGCAGCUGUAUCGCGAUCGUCCUCAGACUGCCCAGGAGUCGGUGGUUUACUGGACGGAGUACGUGAUCCGUCACCACGGUGCCGCCCACAUGCAGAGUCCUUUGGUCCACAUGAACUUCAUUGCCAGCAAUAAUCUGGACAUCUACAUCAUAACCGCUUUGAUCCUCUACAUCCUAUUCCUCAUUAACAAGAUCGUUUGGAAAUUUGUGUGGCGCAAGUUUUGUGGCAAAUCGAACAAAGCUUCUCAAAAGAAGAAGGUGAAGAAGCAGUAAACAGACUGUAAUAGAAUUAUGCAAAUUUUAUACUUAGCAACGAAUUGAAAAAUUAUAACAUAACGAUAAAGCGAAAUAAAAGUGUAAAAUACAAAAAUUA